AUGACAAAAGUCCAGAUAAAGUCCUCUCAAGGUUCUGCUCAGCAGGACCAGAAGGAUGUUUUCCGUUUUGGGGAAUCAGUGGCAGAAUUUACCUUCAGUUUCCAGCACGUUCCCCUUAAAUCCACAUCUGUGGAGGCUUCUGGCUCAGAUCAUGAAGAAAAAACAUGUAAACAUGAAGACGAAGAGGACUAUGAGCCGGUCAUACCGUUACCUGAUCUAGUUGAGAUCUCGACUGGAGAGGACAAUGAGCAAGUCGUUUUUAGUCACAAAGCCAAACUAUACCGCUAUGACAAGGAAUCACAGCAGUGGAAGGAAAGAGGCAUAGGUGAGCUUAAAAUACUUCAGAACGAUGAAAGCAGACGUGCAAGACUCGUGAUGAGGAGAGAGCAGGUCCUGAAGUUAUGUGCAAACCACUGGAUUACUCCAAACAUGAAGCUGGAGCCGAUGAAAGCGUCCGAGAAAGCGUGGACAUGGAGCGCUCUUGAUUUUGCUGAUGGAGACGGCAGCGUUCAGACGUUAGCAGCGCGGUUUAAACUGCAGGAGACGGCAAACGCUUUCAAGAAAUGCUUUGAAGAAGCAGUGGCCACUUCAUUCACUGGAGCAGAAAGAGAAGAGAAGAGCACUCCGGAGCAGAGUGAUGCUGAUGCUGAGAUCGUGUUUGAGCGAAAGCCCACAGUAGAACAAGCCAAACUGGCAGCCAGACUGAUGCUUCCUCACACGUUCUUCUGCUACAGAAACGAGCCGGGAUACGCAAGUGAUGAGGAUGAUGAUGAUGAAGAUUUUGAAGCGGCUGUCAGAUCUCUGAAAGGAAAGUUGUAUCCUGAUGCAGUCGAUGGUCAUGAUGCUGGAGCUGCAACAGAGACACAAAAUCACGAAGAGGAAGAGAACAAUGAUGAUGAUGAUGAUGAUGAAGAAGUGGAACUUCCAUCGGUUGAGGAGAAUGAAGAGGAGAUUUUGUUCAACGAAUGGACCAAACUUUUCCUCUGGGACUGUGAUAUUAACAAGCGGAAAUCCUGUGGUGCAGGAGACAUUAAGAUGCUUUUCCAUCCCGUGAAUAAGCGCUACCGUGUGUUCAUGUGUCAAGAGGGGGAUAAAAAGGUGCUUGUCAACCACUGCAUUACCAGAACCACUCACCCUAAACCUAUGAGCAAUGCAAACGCACGGUCCUGGACAGCAGAAGACUACUCAGAUGGAGAUGCUGUAGUUCAGCAGUUUGCUGCCAAGUUUAAGACUCCGGAUCUGGCAGAUUCCUUCUCAAAAACCUUAACAGACUGUCAGUGUCGCAUGUCAGAGUUCAUGCAGCGAUCGGAAAAGUAA